AUGGCUUCCCCUCACGGCGGCGCUGGAGGCUCCAAUUUUGCAACUGUAGCCAAAAUUUUAUUUGACUCAGCAAGAAAAGUGGGCGCCGUGGAACCACUAGGCGAGACGAGUAGGCGUUAUGCCCAGCAGUUAAAAAAAAUUCAGUCCCAUAGCCGAAAGAAGGGUGGGUCCUUGGGAAGUGUAUCGUAUAAGGUCGCGGAAUUUUUAGCCACUCAACGAACUCCAAAAACGAAUGUUGUCCGGAACCCCAACAGCAUUGCAAAGCGAGUUCCUUUAAUCGACAUUCCAAAUAUGCCUUCAAAGAAAAAAGAUCCCUCUAUCGUGGUAAAGUCGCACACCAAGGCGGUGCCCUCCUUGGACUUCGCUAUCAAGGAAGGGAGACCUCAGGGUGUGCAACCAGCUAGAUCCAAGGAGCCGGUGACGCAUGCACAGGCCUCUCACGCUGAAUCCUUACUAAGUGCGCGUGCAGUACCCACUUUGGAUUUUGUUACGGAGCGGACAAAGACCGAGGUUUCGGAGCCUGAGCCAACUGUCGCGCCAGUGACUGCUAAACUGCCGGAGAAGACGGAGACAAAGCGGGAGCAGGAGGAGGUAAAAGACAUAAGCAUUAGCAUCAACGCACCAAAGGCAACCAUUGUCGAGGAAAAGCCUCUGUUUGAAACCAUGACUGCGCCAGGUCAGAAACCAUCCCUUUUGGCCGAGAAUGAUGUGUCCACAUUGCUUGAAAAGUUGGUGGUUGUACCUGAAAGGGCUGUUAAACUCAAAAUAACGGUGCCAAUUUCUGCAGCGGAUGCAGGUUCAAAGGUUCAGCAGUUUGAACCUGUAAAAAGUGGGACCAUUUCGGUGGAUGCAUGGGAACUGCAACGUGAGCGGGAAAUCGAGCAAUUGCGGCAGUCUCAGGAGAACGCGGAAAAAGAGCGAUUGGCCUUGCAACGGGAAGAGGAGCAUAAGACGCUGGGGGAUGAAUGGGUUAGGCAUAGAACGACAGUAGUGGCAGCAUCCACAACAGCAAAAGCUGCACUGGGCGACGCUGAGGCAGCGGCGGGUAUGAUUGAAAAAAUGUAUUUUUCCAAUCAAUGGGAGGCAUGCUUGAAAUCUUUUAGGGAACUGGUCUCUAUGCCAAGUGUUUCUAACUCUAGCUCAAAACGGGCCGUCCGCAUCAUGGAAAGUCGACUCAAGUAUGUCCCACUGGAUCAGAGGGAGGCCGUGAAAUCAUCUCUCUUGAAGGAGUUAAAGCAACGAAGGCUGCAUGAAGAUGUUAUCAAGUUUGAGUUACGGCAUGGAAUUGGCGAGGCAUUUCUGCAGCUGUAUCAUUCUGCUCCACCCAGUGUGAAAGACACCUUAGACAUGCCCACAGUGUCCAAGGCCGUUGCAAUGCUGGUUGCAGCUGGAUCGUGGCAGGAGGCUAUUGAGCUCGUCGGCACUUCGCAGAAACGCUUUCUUGAUAAGUCCGGUCUUCUUGAGUUAAGGCUUUUGCUUGCGUCUCACGCCUUGGACCAGGAGGCAGCUAAGAGUGUGACGGAAUUUGUCUCCAAAACCCUUGCCGCCUCUGAACGAUUUGGGAAGGUGCACAAAUUACAACUGGCGAAGAUGGAGAAGGGAGCUCGCAGAAGACACAUGAUUUUACAGCUCAUUGCCUCCACCGACGUUGAUGAGGAGAUUUACGCGGAGUUGCUUCGAAUCACGCAGCCGGAGCAUGUAAAAGAUGUGCUGGAUGAGAUUGGCAAGCGCGGGCUUAACGCGGAAGAUCCGGCGAUCCUUGCCGUUCUCUGUUGGAAGACGUUUGACCCGGAACACCCGCAGUUGUUGUUCCGGGAAAUUGAUCGACAGGAGAAGAUGACUGGCAUUCGCCCAGCUCACCUGUCGGUUGCCGUCGCCAUGGCAAGGGCCUCCAAAACGAUGGAGACAUUACGAUGCACCGUCUCCAUUGUGAAAAAGGCGCCCAUUUUCAAGGCCAGAUUUACACUCCGAAAACUUCUGCCUUUGCUGCAUGAAAACAACAUGCAGAAGGAAAUUGUGGAAUUGGCCGACUUCUAUAAGGACCGCGUGCCCUUGGCGGCGGCGCUUCCGCACGCGGUUGCCUUUCUGAACGAGGCCCUUCAGGCGGAAGGACGACCUCCCCUCUCUGAACAAAGAGUGAGCAGUUUGCAACUACGUGAAAAGACAUCAGGGUCAGGCACUGAUGCUACAGCAAAACCAGCAUCCGCGGCAGCGACAGGCGCAGUAACAUCAGGCGUUGAAAUCUCCUCUGAGGUUAUGCUUCAAUGUGCCAAGGACCGAGACUGGGUCAAGGCACUUGCUUUGAUCAACUCCAUCUCACCAGAAUUUGCAAAAUCAACUGACGCCGAUACGUUAACCCUGCUCCACAACUGUGCCCUUAGCGCUGCGGUGGAGAAUGUGGAGGUUGUCCAGUCCAUCUACGGUUGCAUGCAAAAGAAAGGUGUCACAAUCAACACGACCACGAACAAUGCGGUGCUGAGUAGUCUGAUGAGGUCUGAACGACCACAGGAGGCCAUAGAGUUCUACAACCAAACGGAUCCAUCCUUGCGGGACACCAACACCUACUCCAUCAUGCUUUCCCUGUAUGGGAAAAUUGGCAUGUGGGAGGAGGCGAUGGAGCUCGUUAAAGUUGCGCGGGGAGGGUCCAAAAAGUUGCCGCCUAUCCUCUACGUUCUUGGAAUUAACGCCGUGCAUAGUCACAGUUGGAGCUCGACCUUGGCUCUUUUUCAGGCACUGCGGAAAGAGCAUGGAAGCCACGCCAUUAAGGAUGCGGUCGUCGACAAGGUGGUGCGUUGUCUCGCACAGAACAAGCGUACCGUCGAAUUACAGAAAUUGGAAGCAGAUUUGGCAAAAAUGAGUAAAAAGCAAUAA